GGUGGCAGCCCCGGCGCCGGCCCCGUGCCGUUGCGCGUCCUCCUGGAUGGUUACUUCAAGGUGCUCAACUCGGAUCUUCCCGUCGCUUCGCUGGCACCGGAGGCGGCCGGUGGCCUCAUCGCUCUGCGCGUCCUCAUGCUGGAUGCCAUCCCAGCCAUGCUGAGCUGUGAGGACCGGCCGGUCCUCCAAGCCGUCUUUCUGAGCAACAACUGCUUUGAGCACAUCAUCCGCCUCCUCCAAAACAGCAAGGUCUUUGAGGGUGGCUCCGACACCAUCGCGGUCCAUGCCGUCGGGGUUCUCACUGCCAUCAUGAGCAACUCGCCAUCAGCCAAGGAGGUGUUCAAGGAGCGCAUCGGCUAUGCCCACCUCUACGAGGUGUUGAGGAGCCAAGGCCAACCCACCCAGCGCCUGCUCCAGGAGCUCCUCAACAUGGCAGUGGAGGGCGACCACAGCUCCUUCCCGGUGCUCCCCAUCCGCAAUGAGCAACCCCUGCUCAUCCUGCUGGCCUGGCUGCCGGCGCUGCCGUGCCGGGAGCUCCAGGUCUUCCUCUCGGGCUGGUUGCGGCGCCUCUGCGAAGCCUCCUUGCCCAGCCGCCUCACCUGCAUCAAGGCGGGCAUGGUGGGCUGCCUGCUGGGGGCCCUGGCCACCGAACCAGCGCUACCGGCUGCCUGCUCCGAAAAUUUACUGGAGCUGCUGCGGGCGUUGGGCAGCCUCUCCAUCCGCCCCGGAGAGCUGCGGCAGCUCCUACGGCUGUUGCGGCAUGAACGGGGUCGGGGACCACAUCCCUACGUGGCGCCCGUCAUCCGGGCGCUCUCGGGGAUGGCACGAGUGGAGGGACCCCCCCGGGCCCAGGACACCGAGUGGGGCAGCCCCACCUCCCUGGAGGGUCACCUGGGCUCCGUGGCCAUCUUCUGCGAGGCUCUGCAGCAAACCCAGGUCAAGGCGCUCUUCUGCGUGGGACCAAAUGUCACAUCGCCGUUUACGCUGGAAGGUGACUUGGUGGAGCUCAGCAGCAAGCUCUUGUUGUACUACACCCCCCAGGCCUGCAGGAACAACAUCUGCCUGGACCUUUCUCCCAGCCAUGGCUUCGAUGGGAGGCUGACGGGGCACAAGGUGGUCAACUGGGACAUCAAGGAUGUGGUCAACUGCGUGGGUGGCAUGGGCGUGCUGCUGCCCCUGCUCGAGCAAGUGGUGUCCAAGAAGGAGGAACCUGAGGAUGCGCAGGAGACCAACGACCUGGUGGGACCAGAGCUGAUGCAUGCUCAUCCCACUGGGCAAGUCUUCAGGCUGGAGAGGAACAGCGUGGCCGCCUUCCUGCUGCUGGUGAAGAACUUCAUCCAGAAUCACCCGGUGAACCAGGAGAGCCUGGUGCAAUGCCAUGGGCCGGCCAUCAUCGGGGCACUGCUGCAGAAGGUCUCUGGGCCGCUGUUGGACAUGAGCACAUUGAUGGCCUCACAGAUCCUCAUGGAGCAGGUUGCCUCCGAGGGCAGUGGGCUCCUGCUGCACCUCCUCUACCAGCAUCUCCUCUUCGACUUCCGCAUCUGGAGCAACAGCGACUUCGCCGUCCGCUUAGGUCAUAUCCAGUAUCUGGCCAACAUCGUCAAGGACCACAAGCAACGCAUCCGUAAGAAGUACGGGGUGCAGUACAUCCUUGACUCCAUCCGCACUUACUAUGGCACCUCCAGGGAGAAGACCACAGCCACCGACGACAUCAAGACAGUGCAGACGUCCCUCUUCAGCUUGGUGAAGGAUUUCUUCUGCCGGAGCUUCUCCGGGGAGGAGAUGCAGAGCUUGCUGAACUAUGUGGCUGGAGCACAGGAUGAGCAGCAGGUGUGCGGGGCGCUGGAGGUGGUCCACAGCCUGCUGAAGGGCUCGCCUGCCCAGGAGCAGCUCUUCGCCUUCCUCUUUGAGCCGGGCCAUGUGGAGGUCCUCUUCUCUCUGCUGGUGCAGAAGAAGUUCUCGGAUGAAGUGCGGGAGAGGGUCUUCAAGAUCCUCUACAAGAUGUUGAAGUAUGACAAGGUCCCUGAGCGCAGCAAGAACCGCCUGAAGCUGAAGGACAUUGGGUACCAGGGGCUCAUCACCUGCCUCAGUGACAUCCCCGGCUCCAUGCUGCUCUUCCGCUGUCUCUCGGAGCAGGUCCUCGGGGCAGACCCUCCCAACUACAAGGACCUGGUGGCUGUGGUCUACCUGUCCCACCGGGCUGAGCUGACCGUCCGGCUCGAUAUCUGCCGCAAGCUCUUCCACUUGAUCUACGCGCAGCAGGACUUGGUGAAGCAGCUGGCGAGGUUGGCUGGCUGGCAGGACACACUCACCAAGCUCUACGUCAAGGAGUCCUACGACGGUCGCACCAAGUCCUUCCACUCCUACAACUUCAAGUCUUUCGACUCUUCUGACCGGGCCAGCCGCUCGUCCUCCAACCCUGGUGAUGGUCCUCCCUUUGAUGGUGUCUACCACCCACUCUCACCCUUCUCCACCUCACCCUUCGACCUGGGGCUUGACCUGGCCAGCACCAGCUCCAUGGCCACGGCCGAGAGCAGCACACAGACCCCCGCCAGCGGCCCUGGCACCCCCUCACCCCUGGAGAGCUUCAAACCCUUCCCCGGGAUGCGAGCCCGCAAGAGCUCCAGCCUCUCCAACGUCCUGGAUGAGAGCAGUUACCAGGACACGCUGCCCAGCGACAAUGUCUCCAACACCAGCAACCCCCAGCAAACGCCCGAGGAGGAGCUCUGCAACCUCUUGACCAACAUCAUCUUCUCGGUGACCUGGUGUGGGGUGGAGGGCUGGGACGACACAGCGUGGAGGGAACGUGGGCAGGUCUUCUCCGUCCUCACCAAGCUGGGGACGGCGUGCGAGCUGGUGCGACCCCCUGAUGAGAUCAAGCGGAGCCUGCUGGAGAUGAUGCUGGAGUCAGCGCUGACGGACCUGAAGGAGUCGGGACCAGCCACCCUGCCCGGGCUCACCCACAAUGCCCUCAAGCUGCUGCGGCUGCUCCAGGACUUCUUGUUCUCCGAGGGACACAACAACCAGGCACUGUGGAGCGAGAAGAUCUACGAGGGGGUGAGCAGUCUGCUGGACAAGCUGGGCGUCUGGUACCACCUGGCCAACGGCACCUCCGACCUCAAGGAGAUGGCCCAGACGGGUCUACGCAUCCUGGUGGGCUACAUCCUGCUGCAGGACCCCCAGCUGCACUCGCUGGCGUACGUGAAGCUGCACAGCCUGCUGCAGACCUCCUCGGCCCCCAAAAAGGAUGAGGCUUGCUACCUACUGGGCAAACUGGAGACCCCCCUGCGACGCUCAUUGGAUGCCAAGUCGGAGACUUUCUCCUGGUUGGUGCCCAUCAUCCGGACACUCAUGGACCAGUGCUACGAGACCCUGCAGCUGCAGCUCUUCCUGCCCUCCUUGCCCCCCACCAACGGCAGCCCAACUUUCUAUGAGGACUUCCAGCUCUUCUGCACCACUCCAGAGUGGAGAAGCUUCAUUGAGAAGCACGUGCAGCCCACCAUGGCCCAGUUUGAGAUGGACACCUUCGCCAAGAGCCACGACCACAUGUCCAAUUUCUGGAACGCCUGCUACGAUGCCAUGAUGAGCAGCUCGCAACGGCGGGAGCAGGAGAAGGCAGCCAGCCGCAAGAUGUUCCAGGACCUGGUGCUGGAGCCGGCGGCCAAGCGCGCCAAGGCAGAAAACGCCCGGCACACCAACGUCCUCAAGCAGGCCAACAACCACCACAGCACCGUGCUGAAGCAGUGGCGGUCCCUGUGUCGCCUCCUCACCUCUCCCCGCUCUGCCUGGGCUGACCGGAACCCACCGGAGGUUCGCUGGAAGCUGUCAGGUGCUGAGACCUACUCCCGGAUGAGGCUGAAGCUGGUGCCCAACCUGAAUUUUGACCAACACUUGGAGGCCAGUGCCCUACGGGACAACCUGGGAGCUGACCACCUCCACAACCCCACCGAGUCCCUCCCGCUCGCCAUGGCCAAGGAGGCCAAGGUGAGCGAGCUGGAGGAUGACCAACUGGCCGAGGAGGACCUCCCUGUCCUGGACAACCAGGCUGAGCCCAAGGAGCAGAACCAACGGGAGAAGCUGGUGGUCUCGGAGGACUGCGAGCUGAUCACGACAGUGGCCGUCGUCCCUGGACGCCUGGAGGUGACAACCCAGCACGUCUACUUCUACGACGGCAGCAGCGAGAAGGAGGAGACGGAGGGAGGGAUCGGUCACGACUUCAAGCGCCCCUUGUCCCACCUGCGCGAGGUCCACCUGCGCCGCUACAACCUGCGCCGCUCCGCGCUCGAGCUCUUCUUCAUCGACCAGGCCAACUACUUCCUCAACUUCAAGAAAAAGGUGAGGAACAAGGUGUACUCCUGCAUCCUCGGCCUGCGUCCCCCCAACCAGAUCUACUUUGGCAGUCGGUCGCCCCAGGAGCUUCUGAAAGCCUCGGGGCUCACUCAGAAAUGGGUCCUGCGGGAGAUCUCCAACUUUGAGUACCUCAUGCAGCUGAACACGAUAGCGGGGCGCACCUACAACGACCUCUCCCAGUACCCCGUGUUCCCCUGGAUCCUACGGGAUUAUGUCUCGGAGACCCUCGACCUCACUGACCCAGCCGUGUUUCGGGACUUGUCCAAGCCCAUUGGGGUGGCCAACGAGCGGCACGCCCGGGAUGUGAAGGAGAAGUAUGAGAGCUUCGAGGACCCCACGGGCACCGUGGACAAGUUCCACUACGGCACACACUACUCCAACGCAGCGGGCGUCAUGCACUACCUGAUCCGCACCGAGCCCUUCACCACCCUCCACAUCCAGCUGCAGUCCACCAGGUUUGACUGCUCGGACCGGCAGUUCCACUCGGUACCUGCGGCGUGGCAAGCCCGCAUGGAGAACCCUGUAGACGUCAAGGAGCUCAUCCCUGAGUUCUUCUACUUCCCCGAGUUCCUGGAGAACCAGAACGAUUUCGACCUGGGCUGCCUACAGCUCUCCAACGAGAAGGUGGGCGACGUGGUCCUGCCCCGGUGGGCACGUUCCCGGGAGGACUUCAUCUACCAGCACCGCAAAGCCCUGGAGUCAGAGUACGUCUCAGCCCACCUCCACGAGUGGAUCGACCUCAUUUUCGGGUACAAGCAACGAGGCCCAGCUGCCGUGGAGGCCCUCAACGUCUUCUACUACUGCACCUAUGAGGGGGCUGUGGACCUGGACGCCAUCGCCGACGAGACGCAGAGGAAGGCUCUGGAGGGCAUCAUCAGCAACUUUGGGCAGACGCCAUGCCAGCUGCUCAAGGAGCCCCAUCCUGCCCGGCUGUCAGCAGAGAGCGCUGCGCGGAGGCUGGCCCGCCUCGACACCCGCUCACCCAACGUCUUCGAGAACCUGGACCAGCUUAAGUCCUUCUUUGUGGAGGGCAUCAGCGAUGGGGUGGCCCUGGUGCAAGCUGUGGUCCCCAAGAACCAGGCGCACUCCUUCAUCACUCAGGGAUCACCCGACGUCCUGGUCACCGUGAGUGCCAACGGUUUAUUGGGAACCCAUAACUGGUUGCCCUAUGACAAGAACAUCUCCAACUACUUCAGCUUCACCAAAGACCCCACCGUCUCCAACGCAAAGACCCAGCGCUUCCUUCAGGGCCCCUUCGCCCCUGGCGCGGACCUCUGCUCCCGCACGCUGGCCGUGUCCCCCGAUGGGAAGCUGCUCUUCAGCGGGGGACAUUGGGACAACAGCCUCCGUGUCACCUCGCUGGCCAAAGGGAAGGUUGUUGGGCACAUCACCCGGCACAUAGAUGUUGUCACCUGCCUGGCGCUUGACCUCUGCGGCAUCUACCUCAUUUCUGGGUCCCGGGACACCACCUGCAUGGUGUGGCAGGUCCUACAGCAGGGUGGGUUCUCCAGCGGCUUGGCUCCCAAACCUGUCCAGGUCUUGUACGGCCACGACGCCGAGGUGACGUGUGUGGCCAUCAGCACCGAGCUGGACAUGGCGGUGUCGGGCUCCAAGGAUGGCACCAUCAUCAUCCACACCAUCCGCCGGGGUCUCUUCAUCCGGUCCCUGCGGCCGCCUGGCGAGA